CCUGGCUUGAGCGUUUGAACUUAAAUCUACUUGGAUGUGCCAGAUGUCACCCCUGCUGACAUGAGUAUGUUGACAUGUCACCCAGCAAACACUGAUUGGAAUAACCAAGGCAGUGCGUAUGGUGAAAGCCGCAUCGCUACGUUGCAUAGAAAGGACACCUGCAAUUAUAAGGCUGCCGCAUGAUUAUCUUGGUCGAGUUUUUAUCUCCACUCUUGCAACACUCCUCAACUUCACCAUCCCGUUGACGGAGUAUCAAUCAUUUAGUGAUCAUGCAAUCCGACGACCUUCCAUGGCCAGAACUUGGCAACGUCUCCCGUGGCGCCACCAGAGGCAAUCAAGGUCAAAAAGGUGCCUUGGGCCCUCCUGAUCCCGACGGUCGCUGUGUCCUCCAGCUUCGAGUUCAACCCGGCGUGCUCGCCGUAAAGCUAAACCGACGUUCAAGCGAUUGGUAUCGAACUCUCGAUAAUGAAGUCAACCGCGCCCUGAAAUUGACAAAAACCUACUGGAGAAAAGCAAGAAGACGUCAAGACUAUGACGCUCGCGCAGAUCAAGACCACAUGGAAUUGCACGAGUGGUUGCAACAGCUCAAAGAUAAGACAAUGUCACAUUUAGAGGUCCUUAUGCAGAAAGGCGACAUUCAAGGCCCCCCAUACAUGAUGCCCGAUGACAUUGAGCUUGCCUUUCUAAGGAAGUUUAUUGAGCGACACAACGCGGGCAUCCCCCACAACCCCCGCUUGCGACAUCUUGGUCCCAAUGCCCCCCAGCUUCCACCCAUCGACGAUUCCAUGGAGGUCUCAACACCGGAACUAUCUGAAGGGAGUUACCCGCCUUCCAGUUUGGUGGAUCAUAUCGCUCGAUUGCAGCCAGAAAGUGGUUCCAAUGUUUCAAGUCCAAAUUAUGUACACUCACCAGGCACAUCUCGCGCGCAUGUGAUUCGAACUUCCUCCUCGCCUUCAACGGCAACAUACGAGCAACUCUUGCAAGACGCGCAGUCAUCUGGCCAAUAUCUUCAAGAAGCGCGGGCAACGCUCGCUCGUGCGCAGUCACAAACACAGGAUGCGUUUCAACGGUACAAUGUUUGUCUGGACGCGGAAGCCCGCGCUAGGCGGGAUGUCAACGCCGCUGAACAGCAUCGUGACGAACUCAGUGGGUAUUUUUGUACUGUGCUAGCCUUACUGUCCCGCCUCAUCAAAUUUUUGCUAGUGACAGCUCUUCUCUCCAGAACUCAGAGUUCAACAGAUUACUCGCGGCAGUCAUCACUACCCCACGAUGAUACUCCUGGUCAACAAGACCACCCAUAUUCGUCACAUCAUCUUGUCGACCGGAGACCCUCAGUUGACAUGGUACCAUCACAAAAUAGUCCCAGAGUCGACUGGCGUCAGCCAGAUAUGACAGGGUCGUUCACUGGGGCACUCGAAGCAAUUCCACAAUCAGAGAUGCGAUCAUCAAGAGAUCCAUCCUACGGGCCAGCGCGCAAGCACUCGCGGAGUUGGGAGGAGGGUGGACAGGUUGACGAACCCGGUCCUGAGAAGACGACAGACUUUCAGGAUCCAAAUCUCCCGCCACGCAAGCGUUCGCAUCACAUAGUAAAUUCAUCUGGUCACAGCGCACCUUUGAUAUCUCAGGCCAUAGCACUGCCUCUACGACUCUGA